AUGGCGUAUUUAAAUACCAUUGGUUGCGGUGAAGGUCUAUCUAGCUCCCGACCACCUCUAUUCGAUGGCACCAACUUUGCAACAUGGAAAACGAGAUUCCGCAUCUAUGCUCGAUCUCGAGGUGUCAAAGUUUGGAUGGCUAUAAAGGAUGGCAUUAUCAUUCCAACCAAAAUUAUUGAUGAUGUCAUCUACGAAAAGAAAGUGAGUGAAUAUACUCAUGACGAGGAAGAUAGAAUGAACAUCGCUGCCAAAGCUGAAAUGGUUCUCACAAGUGCACUUGCAGAAAAAGAAUAUAAGCGCGUGAAUAAUUGCAAGUCGGCACAAGAAAUGUGGAACAAACUUGUGGUUACAUACGAAGGAACCACUGACAUCAAAGAUUCUCGAAUGGAUACUUUGAUUAUGGAGUACGAAAACUUCAAACUCCAAGAAGGAGAAAACAUCAUCGACAUGGAAACAAGAUUCACUAGAAUUGUCGAUGAACUUGCCCAACUUGGAAAGAACUAUACGCAAAAUGAAAAGAAUCGGCGAGUUCUUAAAUCUCUACCUCCAAGUUGGAAAAUCAAAGUCACUACAAUCAAAGAGAUGCACAAUCUCAAUGAUUAUCACAUUGACAAUCUCUUUGGAAAUCUUCGUGCUUACGAGGAAGACAAUGUUCCGGACGUCGUCGUUCCAAAAGUUGAAGAAAAGAAAAAGAAUAUGGCACUUAAGGCCAUAUUAAUCGAUGAUGAUGACAACGACGAAGAGCUGAAUGAGGAACUCAAAAAUCUUGAUGAAAGCGAAAUCGCUUUGUUAACAAGACAACUUCGUUGUGUGCUCCAAAGCAAAGAUCAAAGAUAUGGGAAAGGCUUCCUAAAAUCGAACAAUCAACAAAGAGUGUUCAACUCUAAUGGAAGGCCCAAUUACUCUCAAAAUUACACUCCUAACUACAAGAGUAAUUUUCCUACUUCGGGCUAUAACAAAGGCAAAGGAAUUCAAAAUUCAAAUUCGAAUUCCUACAACAAUGCAAACAACAACAACAUCAACAAUAACAACUAUACUCCUCUCAAGCCUAAAGAGCCUAUUCAAGAGGAGACACAAGAUGUUUGUUUUGAAUGCAAACAACCGGGUCACUACAAAAGGGAAUGUCCUAAGCUAGCUAAAGGACGUGUUCUUGUAGCAGAAAAUGGUUGGGAUCUUAGUGAGGAUGAAGAAGCCUCCGAAGCCAGUGAAGAAAUUGUUAAUCUAUGCUUAAUGGCUUCAGACAAUGCAUCUACUUCUUCAGACGACUCCACUACGAAUCAAGAGGUGUGCCUUGCUGCUAAAUCAGACAUGUGGUACCUUGAUAGUGGUUGUUCAAGGCAUAUGACUGAAAAGAAGUCACUCUUGAACAAUAUUAAAAAGGUUGCUGCUGGAGAUGUCACUUUUGGAGAUAGUAGCAAAGGACGCAUCAUUAGAAUUGGAGACAUUGGAAAUGAACGUGUCAAAAUCUCAAAUGUUCAACUAGUCACAUUAAUUAAAAUAAUAUAUCUUUUAUUUAAUUAA